AUGAGUCUGUUCUUUAAGCGCGGCCUUACGACCAUGUCGUCCCUCAAGAACGCACGCAAGGUAGUCUGCAUUGGCCGCAACUAUGCGGACCAUGUCACUGAGCUGAACAACACAAGGCCCAAGCAGCCUUUCUUCUUCCUCAAGCCCGCCUCCUCAAUUGUCCUCCCCGGCGCCGGCCCAGUCAUCCGCCCCAAGGGAGUCGAUCUGCACUAUGAGGUCGAGCUCGCGCUCAUCAUGGGCAAGCCGGUCAAGGACCUCAAGCCUGAUGAUGAGCAGGGCGCCAUUGACGCCAUUGAGAGCUACGCUCUGGCCAUUGACAUGACCGCGCGAAACAUCCAAAAUGAGGCCAAGAAGAAGGGUCUGCCGUGGGACAUUGCUAAGGGUUUCGAUACUUUCCUCCCCGUCAGCAACAUCAUCCCCAAGUCGGCCAUUCCCGAUCCUCACAACGUUGAGCUGUUCCUGCAGGUCAACGGUGAGUAUCACCAGCAAGACUCAACCGAGCUGCUGCUCUUCAGGAUACCUCGUAUCCUCAGCGACAUCUCCAGGGUCAUGGCACUCGAGGAGGGCGACAUCGUGUUGACCGGCACCCCCAAGGGCGUCGGCCCGGUCGUCCCUGGCGACGUGAUGCGCGCCGGUAUCCGCGUCGACGGCAAGGAGCUGGAGGAGGGCAAGAUUGAGAUCCCCGUGGAAGAGUCAACUGGCGCCUACGUCUACAGCGAAACUUAG